AUGUCAGGAACAUUUCAAAUGCAGCUCCUGCUGUCACGACCAUACUUAACGCGGGGACAGAUCAAAAGAGCACAGCAAAACACUAUUCCAGAUCGUCGACUUUAUAACCAAAAAAGGCUGUCUGUUUUCAAGUUUCUUUGCGAUAUAUGUAUACAAUUCAAGUUUCCACGCAAAACGCUGGAAACGGCCAUGUAUUUUUACCAGCGCUACUAUCUAUUCAAUAGGUUUGAAUCUGAACUGUGCUACGAUGUAGCCACCAGCUGUCUGUUUUUAAGUUGCAAGCAGGUAGAGACGAUGAAAAAAAUCGCAGAUAUAGCAUCGAUGUCUCUGAGACUGCGAAACGUUCUCAAACUGUCCCCAGUGGUGGUUGAUAAUUGCAAGAAACGCAUAGUGCAGCUGGAAUUGAAGAUACUCGAAACAUGCUGCUUUGACUACAGAGUCAAUAACUCUGUGCAUAUCGACGAAAUACUGACUAAGAUUGCCAAAGACCUGUCGCUGAGUCGUGAAGUGGCACAUUUGGCAUGGAUCAUUGCAUUUGACGCUCUAAAGUUAGAGAUUCUUCUUAUGGUUCCUCAGCAUACAACAGCACUAGCAGCGCUGAAAAUGGCAUGUGAGCUUACAAAAGGAGCUUCGUGGCCAAACAUACGAUACUCGCUUUUCGAAAGCGAUGAACCGUCGGUUGGUGAAGCAUACUUCGAUUUACUGAACUUUUUCAUCAACGCUUUCGACCUCACAGACCUCCGCCUCAAUUUGCCAGACGAUCUUCGAAAUACUACCAUAGAGACAUUCAUGGACUUGAAGAAGCAAGUAGGAGCCGAAAAAGGUCUGAAAGAACCUGAUAAUGUAUCCUCAGAUCUGUCCCUCACAAGCGAGAGGGACUUCGGAAUCAGCGAGAGAAGGUACGUGUUAUCACGAAAAAGACUCAAUGACGAGAGACUGGCUAGGAGCAUAACGAAACGUGAAAGAACUUGA